UCUCAAUUAAUUAAGAUUUCUUUAUUGUCAUGUCAGCCCUCACAUACAUUGAAACAAAAUUUGUCCUCUGCAUUUGACCCAUCUUAUACAUUAGGAGCAGUGGGCAGCUGCAGCACAACACCUGGAACAAUCCAAGCUCUUUUGGCCAGUGCCAGUGGAGACACUUUUACUGUGAAAGAACCGAGCGGAAGUGGGUCUCUGCUGUCACGGAAGAAAACAAACAAGACAACACGCCAUAUCAUAUUUGGUCAUAAGACAAAGAUGGCAUCAAGCAGUACGAGCAGCGAGGAGGAGCGGAGUCUGCUCGAGUGUGAGCAGUAUGUUCAGAAGCACAACAUCCAGCAGCUGCUCAAGGACUGCAUUGUCCAGCUGUGCACAGCCCGGCCUGAGCGGCCCAUGGCCUUCCUCAAGGAACACUUUGACAGACUGGAGAAGCAGGAGGAGGCCCAGCAGAUGGUGUUGCAGCAGAAGUCCAGUGUGAGAUCAGACUCCCGUGAGGAGGAAGUUUCUCCUCCCAUGAACCCCGUAGUGAGGGGUCGGAGCCGGAGAGGAGCCAUCAGUGCCGAGGUGUACACUGAGGAAGACGCUGCCUCCUAUGUCAGAAAGGUCAUCCCAAAAGACUACAAGUCCAUGGCAGCCCUGUCAAAAGCCAUGGAGAGGAACGUGCUGUUUGCCCACUUAGACGACAAUGAGAGGAGUGACAUUUUCGACGCAAUGUUUUCUGUCAACUACAUCGCUGGAGAAACAGUCAUCCAACAAGGUGAUGAGGGAGACAACUUCUAUGUUAUCGACCAAGGAGACAUGGAUGUGUAUGUGAACAAUGAGUGGGUGACCAGCAUCGGUGAGGGAGGCAGUUUCGGGGAGCUGGCUCUGAUCUACGGGACCCCUCGAGCAGCUUCAGUCCGGGCCAAGUCCAACGUGAAGCUGUGGGGCAUCGACAGAGACAGCUACAGGAGGAUUCUGAUGGGGAGCACAUUGAGAAAGCGCAAGAUGUACGAGGUGUUCCUCAGCAAGGUGUCCAUUUUAGAGUCUCUGGAUAAGUGGGAGCGUCUGACGGUGGCUGACGCCUUGGAGACGGUGCAGUUUGAGGACGGUCAGAAAAUUGUGGUGCAGGGAGAGCCUGGUGACGAGUUUUUCAUCAUACUGGAGGGGACAGCAGCGGUGCUGCAGAGGCGGUCAGUGGAUGAGGAGUUUGUGGAGGUCGGCAGACUGGGACCAUCAGAUUACUUUGGUGAGAUCGCCCUGCUGAUGAAUCGGCCCCGUGCUGCCACCGUUGUUGCAUGCGGACCCCUCAAGUGUGUGAAACUGGACCGGCCGCGGUUUGAGCGAGUCCUGGGUCCCUGCUCCGACAUCCUGAAGAGAAACAUCGAGCAAUACAACAGCUUUGUUUCCCUCUCCGUCUGAGCUCUCCAGCACUCUGCUCCUCCUUUCUUCUACUGCAGGGUCCACCAACACAGAUCUGCUCUAUUUUCCUACUUGUAGCCUCUAUUUCACACAUGUGACUCCUCCCCUGAUCACUUAAACACGGCUCUUAUUGUUAUUUUAUACAUAUUUUAUUUUACACCUAUAUACUCAGAUGCCUAUAUACUGCAUACACUCUGAAACGAAAUAUAGUUGUAUGGCUGUUUAACUGUGCAUUCACACUGAGCAGCUAGUUAGUGGAGAUCAGAUCUAAAAGUACAGAGAGCACAUUUUAAAACAUGUUGAAGAAGAUAAUAUGUGAAAAAAUAAACAUAAAAUUCUCAAUGUGCAGUACACAUAAGACAUGGAAUAAUUUAGACUAAAUAAGAACUAUAGUGUGGUCACAAUGAAACGUGUGUAGAUGCAAUAACUGACAGAAUAUCAUGUGAGUGGAAAUGGGGACCGUGUGAGCUAAUUGUUUCCACAAUCUGAACCCAAAAUGUGAUGGACUUAAAUGAAGCAUGUUGACAGUGUGAAUGCACAGUUAGAUGAUUUUAGUUUAGCUCUGGAGAUCCUCAGUGUUCACAAAGAUGCUGUCACUGAUAGGUUCAUACCGACUGAGGAUACUUUGUGCUUUUGAACCGGUACGCCAAAAAGGCUUAACUGUUUUUUGCUGCUCUUUUGUAUUGGUGGAGAUGUUUUUAUAGUCACACUAGCGGUGGGGCUCUAUGGAUGGCAGUGUCUGUCGUGUGCCGCUCAUCCAUCAGGUCAAAAUUUGACUUUGUCCAAUACUUUGGUUUACGACCAAAUACCUGCAAAACUAAUGACAUUCCCAUCAGCCUCAGCUGUACUUUGUGUUUAUAACUAAUUAGUAUAUAUUAGCAUGCUAACAUGCUAAACCAACAUGAUGAACAUAGUAAAAAUGACACCUGAUAAACAUCAUGUUGUAAAUGUAUUAUCAUGAUUAACUCAAGUACAGCUUCAGUGAGCCGCUAGCCUGGCUGUGGACUUUUUUUUUUUUUUUUUUUUUAAAUAUACUGUAUAUUUGCUGUCUUAAAGGGUUGCCUUGACACUGAGAUCCAUGCUUUUCCUGCAUUUUGUCCCACAGUUUGACAAACAUACCAGCCAUACACCUUCAGCAUGGAGGAUGUUUUUACCCCUAAAGAGAAAUGAGAAAAACAAAAGAAAAUACACAAUUCAUUUCCAAUUAAACCUCACCACCAUUUUGGUCAUUUUCCAUUUUCAGUGUUACAUCAGGUAUUGUCAUUUUCCAUAUUCCGUUGCUAUUUUUAAACUGAGCUUUCAGUUUCAACAUCUCCAUUUAAGCGUUUCUUUAACAUUUCAGGUUCUUACAUUUCACUUAACACUUCUUGUUAUUUUAACACCAUAUUUUAUUUCAUUUUUGUAUAACAUAGUAAAUAAAAGAAAAACAUUUUCCUUUAAUUUUCCUUUUUCUCUUUAAAUGAAAUUUUCCUCCAUAUUUAGUUUGCAGUGUGUGUUAAAAGAUACUGCAAGUCGCCCACGCUGUCCAUCAUGUCCAGCUGUCCCUUUAACUCUGCUGACAUACUGUAGUUGCACCUUCACAGCUCUGCUACUAAUCUAUAUAUCAAGAGUAAAUUACUAUAUUUUUUGCACCUUUUGUGAUAUACAAAACUAUAUAAUCAAAGAGAAAAUGUUUCUAUACUGUUAGGUUCACUGUUUUGUGUACAUCUGAUCCUGUCAUUUCAAGGGAGCACAGGUCAAGACUUUUAGAAAAACAAACAAAAGCAGCUACCUCUUGGAAGAUCAGACUGCCAGGUUGAGUAACUGAUCUCUGUCAUCCAUCACAAAGCUUCAUAUGAAGACUUUCUAUCAGUUAUUUUGCAGCAGUAAAUACAUGGAUGUUUUCAUCACUCCUAGAAUAAAAAUCAUGUUUUUUUUAAAUUUAUUGGCAAUGGAGGAGACUGCAGACACACACUAUUGAUGUCACUGACAAACAUUGUCAAGAAAAUGCUGAGUCUCCUUCAUCACUAUCAUCAUUACAUGAAGCACUGAUUAAAACACUGCUUAAUCCAUUAAAAUAUCAGAUUUUGUUAGCACUCGUCUACCAGCUAAAUGCUGUUUGACACAGACUUUUAGUUUGUCAUCUUCAAGCCCAAAACGAGGUAACCAUAAUUACAUCAGGAUGACAUCAUUAGGUUAUUCUCUCAGGCUGUGUACUGUAGUACUCCUCAUGACAAAUCUUCAUGUGUGAAGUUUGUGAUUAAAGCAUCAUAUCUGUUAUAUCAGAGGUACUGCAUGUAACGCUGAUUGGACCAACACUGGCUCAUUACAUCAGCAGCAGGGCUAGAUAGUGUUACAGUUUUUCUUUGUAUACCAGUACCGGAGUUUUGAUAUCAAAAUAACUUUUUCAUAUCAUAACACGUCUUCCACUAAACUUUUUUUUUCAUAUAUGUAAGCCUUUUUCACAGCAGGUCUUUACCUUGUUGUAGUAGGAAAAAGCACAGGUGUUAAAGUCUCCCAGUAAGUCAUGACAGUGGGCCAGCAUGCACAAUACCAGCACUGAAACUGAAGCAGCUAAAUGGAAUGCUGCCGUCAUUCAUGUUAUUAUUUACACUUUACUGCUUUUCCUGCAGUGUCUUCCUUGAAAAAGGCGCAUUACAUACAAGCUAAAAUGCUGCUUUAUCAGAAAGUAUCUGAUCAAAGAAUAAGUAAAGAACAGGAUGAGGAUCCAAUGCCAACUUUCAUUACCUGACAGAUUAAGAUACAUUUUGGUUGGUCCCAAAAAAGUAUUGAGGUUUGAAACAUAGUCUAAUCUAACAGCCCUCUAGUUAAACCUGAGUGUCUGUUGAAAUUGCUGAUGCUUGUCACUCUGUUUUACAGUUUCUGUCACAUCUUCUCUUAUGUCUUCUCAUGCUGUGUUCUUCUACAUUCAGUGGGUCAUUAGUUCAGUUAGUGGAGACUUGUCUUAACAUUUCUUUUGGUUGGUUUAUUUUUCUGAUAAACAGUCAGUGUUAAAUGUCUCUUAUCUAAUAUAUUAUUAUUCAAAGAUGUCUUAACUGCCACCAUCUGACACAUACGUGAUGUCAUUGUGUACUUGUAUUCUUAUUUGAUCAGCAGUCUUAUGAUGUUAAAAUAUUUCUGACUCACCAAAUAUCCAAUAAGUCAACAAGCCGGACUGAGACUGUGCUCAGAAGUCUGCAUUGUUGUUUAUUUUCAGCGUUAGUUUUCCGGCUCACUGUGCUCCCACUCUUUCAGACCACCAGUGUUUGUCAAAUUGAAAAAGCAGUUUGACUGCAGUGAGUCUUUGCAGAGGACCGUGUUGUUUUUAAAUGCCUUUCUUCAGAUUGAUUGGAGUGAUUGUACUUUAAUGUUGGUGUGUUUUGGAUUUCUCUGCAGGAUGUCCUUACAGCAGGUCAAGCAAUAAAGAGAUCAGUGUUUUCA